GGGGCAGCCGAGCCCGCAGCCGGCUCCUUCGGCCUGGGCUAGGAUGUGGCGCGGGGCUGCAGACGCGGUGCCCGGCACCGAAGCAGCCUGGGCUCCCCCCGAUAAGGUGCGGGGGAGCGCUGAGCUGGCGCUGCCUGGCAAGAAACUUUUGCUGGCUCCCUCCUUCUGCUUUUUUUUUUCCCCCGGAGGUUUUGGCUUCUUCGAUACAAUCCUGAAACUCGCCCCCACCGGUCCUUGCAGCAGCGGCAGCGGCAGCGGCAGCGACAGCAGCAGCGGGACGGAGCGGGAGCAAAACAAAUCGAGGCACGGCAAAUGGUGUAAUUCGAUCCAUCUCCAAGUCAAUCCAUCAGAAAUCUCAUUUCGGUGUCAGAAUUUCCCUCAUCCCACGAGCCACCAGGAUGGGUCGAAGCAGCUCUCUUCUGUGCACUCCUAGCAAGUUCACUUAUGUAACUUACCAAAUCGGAGGGAAAAUAACUGUUUAGGACGUCUUCCCUGCUGAGUGCUUACCUGCAAGGAUCUUGUCUUACCUGGACAGCCCCAGUGCCUAGCAUUUAACGGGCACUCAAUAAACACUUGUUAAACAGAUCUGGCAGUGGCAUCCACAACUUUCUCAUACUCUUUGAUGUGCUGAACCAGAGAGUAUAGUCAUCUCUCCACUGUAUGCCCCUCUCGAGUAGAAAUUUUUUCACCUGUGUCUUCAGGGCAAGCACAGUAUCCGUGUCAGGACAUUCCUCGAAUGAGUGAAGAAUGAAUGAAUAAAUGAGUGAAUGAAUGAGCAAAUACAGGAAGGAAAGAAGGAAGAUAUCUGACUCUUUUCACAUCCGGAAAGAAUACUUGAAGUGGUCGGUGCUAUAGACGGUUAGUGAUUAUGCUUCUGUGCUAUCUGCAUACAUCUCUCAUCAGUCAGAAGUAGUAACUUGAUUAACAAUGUAUUUUUUGUUUGUUUGCUUACUUUAGGAAAAGUUUAGAAUUUUAUUUCUAUGUUUGAUUUCCAAUCUAGUUUUAAGAAGAAAAUCUAUCUGAAAAUUACAGAAAAUCUGCAUGUAAUACUCCAAAAAGUUUGUCAGUCAUCAGAGGGUACCACGCCUUAACUAUUAGAGUUAUUCAGCAAAGCAUUAGUGCUCACUAUGUGCCAAGCUCUUCUAAGCAUUUCAUGAAUAUUAAUGCUCACAACACUUCUAUGGGAUACGAACUAUUGUUAUCUUCAUUUUGUAAAAGAGGAAACUGAGACUUAGAGAGUUUAAGUGACUUGCCUGGGGCUACACAGGUACCAACUGCAUAGGAUCUGAACCCUAACCUCUUACUUAGGUGUAAUAGUGGUUAACAGUGAGGUCACAGGUAACAGCAGUAGUAAACAGUGAAGGCUUUGGAAACUUUUGACAACUUGGAUUCAAAUCCAGACUUCCCCCUCUCUAGGUAUAAUUUAUUUAACUACGCUCUGCGUCAGUCUUCUCAUCUGUGAAACAGGAGUCAUAACAAUACUUCAAAUGGAUUUUUUGAAGGAUGAAUGUGAUAACGCAUGUAAAGUGUUUAGCACCUUACCUGAAACACAGCAAGCACUGAAUAAAUAUUAGCCAAUGUUAUUAUACAUGCCCCGUAGGCAGUGCAGUCUUGGAAUCCUGCAGAAUUGGAUGAGAAACUUAAUCCAACCUCACAUUAAAUGUGAGACUUAGGGUACAAGCACAUGGUACACAAUAGGUUUGCAGUAAAUUUUUGAUCUAUUCCAUCUCCUCCAUUCCCUCAUUUCAGUGUAUAUAUCUAUUAAUUCAAAUACACGCACUACUCACUAUUCAGUUGAUACGAAAUAACAUUUUGUAUGAAUUUUAAUGAAUAAUACAGUUUAGAAUGUAGAAUUUCAUGUUUCAAAAUAAAAAGAUAGAGGCAUUGAAAUCUCACAGGUAGCUACAGCUCAUGUGCUUACUUCAAUUUGGAAUGCACAUAUAGUAUUCCUUGCAUUCGCACAUUACAGAAAGUGCUUUUGUGGCAAGGGAUUGCUUUCAGAACUAAUCUAAGCUCUCCAUGACACGAUAAAUCAUUAAUAAUAUAGCCCCAGAUCUCGGCAUCUGCAUAGGCACAGCUGGUCUCCUUGUGUCAACAGUCUGCAUAUGAAAGUGACUCUGCCAAGAUAUUUCACUUUAAUGAAAAAUAUUUAUCAUGGUGAAUCUUAAACCUCAAGAUUUUACUGACAUAAUUCAUUUCUAUUAUUAUGUACUAUGAUAGUACACCACCACAGCUAGCUUAUGUGUGGAAUGAUAAAAAAUAUGCUUUUUUAGUCAUUAUGAUUACUCUAGCUUAGAUGAAUAAUUUUGCUGUACACUGAGUAAGGGGAGGCACCAUGCAUUUAUGGAAAUAAUAAAUCAGUUCUUUUUCUAGUUUGGCUAAUGACUCCUCAGGUGCCACUGUGUGGAAGGACACUGAGUGCUCACGCCAAAUAAAAAAGAAUCAGGCUUUUUAAAUUUUUCCGUCAGAAAGAUGAACAGCAAAGUCUUUAAUAACACCAGCUCUUCUGAAAACAGACAAGAGACAGGAAUGCUAUCGUCAUUUUAUCAGAGAUCUUUUGAACAAACAGGAGCAAAAUAAACUUUCAGAGGGAGAGUCAAAUAGAAAGGUGGUAACUCGGUUUGAGUCGCUUAAUUUUACUUACGUGUACUUUGGGAAGGAAUACUCAGGACACAGGGAUGCCAGCUUACAUCCCGGCAGAUGUAAGGCAGCUGAGACUGUGUAAGUUCCUGGCAGCCUUCUUUCCACAAAUUUACAGUAAGCAAGCCUCUGACCUUGAAGAACUGGGGCUGAAGAGUAUCUCUGAAAUGUUAGGAUGUUUUAACAAAGGAGAAAGAUAAUGGAAAUAGCCAAAAGGGGUAGAGAAUUGGAACAUUUUAUCUGUUUUUAAAAAUAUAUAACUUAGAAUUUGGUUUUAAAAAUAAACCUUCUUGCCUAGUUUUUUUUUUUUUUUUUUUUUUUAGCUUAAGCCAAUGUCAAAGUUCAAAU